AUGGAGCCCAUCAAGGUCCAAUCAGAAGGUGGACUGAAUGUGACCCUUACCAUUCGGCUGCUGAUGCACGGCAAGGAGGUUGGAAGUAUCAUAGGAAAGAAAGGGGAGACAGUGAAGAAAAUGCGUGAAGAUAGUGGCGCUCGUAUCAACAUCUCAGAAGGCAACUGUCCCGAACGGAUAGUCACCAUCACUGGGCCUACGGAUGCCAUCUUCAAGGCCUUCGCAAUGAUAGCCUACAAGUUUGAGGAGGAUAUCAUCAACUCUAUGAGCAACAGUCCUGCCACCAGCAAACCUCCUGUGACUCUAAGGCUUGUGGUGCCAGCUAGCCAGUGUGGCUCUCUCAUUGGCAAAGGAGGCUCCAAAAUAAAAGAGAUGAGAGAGUCCACUGGUGCUCAGGUCCAGGUAGCAGGCGACAUGCUACCCAACUCAACCGAGAGGGCGGUGACCAUUUCUGGGGCGCCGGAGGCCAUCAUACAGUGUGUCAAACAGAUAUGUGUGGUGAUGCUGGAGUCCCCACCGAAAGGUGCCACAAUCCCCUACCGUCCCAAGCCUGCCUCCACCCCUGUCAUUUUUUCAGGUGGCCAGGUAAGAGCAGACCCACUGGGGGCGUCCACAGCCAACCUCAGCCUCUUACUGCAGCACCAGCCACUGCCUGCUUACACCAUCCAAGGACAGUAUGCCAUCCCUCAUCCAGAUUUGAGCAAGCUCCACCAGUUGGCUAUGCAGCAAACCCCCUUUACCCCCCUCGGACAGACCACCCCUGCCUUUCCCGGUCUGGAUGCCAGUAACCAGGCCAGUACUCAUGAACUCACCAUUCCCAAUGAUCUAAUAGGCUGCAUAAUUGGACGUCAGGGAACCAAAAUCAACGAGAUCCGUCAGAUGUCUGGGGCACAGAUCAAAAUUGCUAACGCCAUGGAAGGGUCAUCGGAGCGCCAGAUCACCAUCACAGGGACCCCUGCCAACAUAAGCCUGGCCCAGUACCUCAUCAAUGCAAGGUUUCGAGACGUUGCGGCCAUGUGGAACGACCCAUCCUCCAUGACCACAUCCUGA